AUGGAAAUAAAAGAAAAUGAGCAAGAUAGUGGAUUGCACGCGAGGUAGGCAUUAAUGAAACAGCGUUUUAUAUACAGAAAUACUGAAAGCCAAUAAUAAAAACCUCUCUAUAAAGAGGACGAGAUAUCUUUGAGUGCAUCUGAGAUAUCUGAAAGGGAAUUAUAAAUUUAAGAUAAUACUUACAACUUAAAAUAUGAAAAUACAAGAGAUAAAAUGAAGUUUCAGAACAACUUUUAAUAGGAAACGAGCAGUCCUCAUUCAUUAGUAUUUUUUUCUAAUUGCUAGAUAGAUCUAACUAUGCAAGAGAAUUAGCAUAAAUCUAUGGAAAAUAAAUUCAAAUUUAGGCAUGGCAACGAAGAGAGUAUCCAAAAUUCUUAACUUGCCUUUCAUAACAGCAACUAUUAGCUCAACAAAGAGAGACAAUUUUAUGAGAAUAGUAUUGUAGAAAAUACAUCUGAAGGAAAAAACAAAAAGAAUAGUAUAAAUUCUAGCAAGCCCUAUUAAGGGAAGACUUAACCACAAGAAGGUGAAAACGCCAAUUCUUAAGAUUCGAAGAUGAAUUAAAAGUAAUAGGAGGAACCUCAUAUAAAUCCUAUUUAGAAUAAAACUUUAAAGCACAUGAUUCAUUAAAACAAAGUGAAUAAUAUAAAAAAGAAGUUUAUUAAUAACCUCAUAACAUCAUGCCCAAGUGUAACUUUCAAACAUCUGACAAGAAAAUAAUUUGGGAUUAUAAAUGACUUCUCAUCUGAUUUUGGUUACUUUAUCCAUAACACAAAUCAACUAAUAUUUUCUGAGAAAAGCUCAUAUAUCAAGAAGAUUGCUUAUUCUGUUGGAAAUACAAAAUUAAGUGACGUACUUAGCUCUUUUAUGAGUGGAGAUUACUUAUUCUAAUCCGUUACUUACGAAAACGGAGAAGCCAUAACAAAUAGGAUAAAAAUAUGCUAAAAAUAUUUUUGGAAUUUCAUAAAAGAUGUAGCAAUUGUAGUCAUUUUUCAACUUUCUAAAAAUAUAGACUAAGAUAGCUUAAUCUAUUAUCUUGAUUAUAUAAUUUUUUUGAAGUACAUUGAUAUCCCACAAAAACUACAAGAGUUGGAAACAAAGUUAUAAAUUAGUUAGACAAAAUUGAAUUGGAUAAAACUCAUCAAGUUAGAAUGCUUGGUUUUGCUAAUUGCUCACGUGGCUUGUUGCAUUUUUCUAAGAAUAGGAUUGACUGAAAUGAGGCUAAACAACGAUUCAUGGAUAACUCAAUUCAAAUACGAUGAUAACUCAAACGAAAAAAAUUAUAUAAUUUCUUUGUAUUACAUAAUUAUAACAAUGACCACUAUUGGAUAUGGAGAUAUAACACCCUUCACUACAAAUGAAAAAAUAUUUAUGAUUUUAGUUGCAAUAGUAGCUACAAAUAUAUGCGCUUACUCUUACACUUAAAUAAAUGAAAUCGUGAAAUAUGAAGAAUAAAAGAAGUAAAUUUAUUAAUAAACUAUGCAAGGAAUAAAUAAUGAAAUGAAUAAAAUGGGACUAAAUAUUUUAUUGCAGCACAAAGUAAGAAAACAUUUUGAGUUUUAGCUUUACAAAGAAGAAGAGAAGAAGAAAUACUCCGAAAAUUUAUUUGAUGUAUUGCCAAAAUCGCUCAAAGAAGAGGUUCUUCAAGAAUUAACACAAGGGCUCUCAAAUGAAAUAAUAGUACUGAAAAAUAUGUCAACUUCAUGUCUAAAAGAAGUGAGAAAUAGCAUUAAGUAAAAAGUACUUUUCCCAGAAGAAAUUAUUGUUAAGCACAAUGAGCUUGAUAACUGUAUUUAUUAUGUCGCUUAGGGCUCUGUGACUCUAAGCAUUCCAGUUUAAGUCCUUUCAAAUGAGAAGUACCAUAAAACUCCAUUUAUGAAUGUGAAAACGCUUACAAAAAAUACUGCGUUUGGAUACGAAGGAUUUCUUUUAGAUUAAGUGAGUCCUUACACAAUUAAAUCUGAUGGAGUAGGGUUUUUGCUAUUAAUUCAAAAAGAUGAGUUUUUAAGCAUUUUGAAAAGACACCCUCGCGAUUAUGAAAUGUACAUGAUGCUUAAGGAUGAAGCUUUGCUAAAUAAAAAAACAGAAAAUAUAAUUUAGAACUGCAUGUCAUGCAAUGAUUCUAACCAUUAAAUCGGAUCUUGUCCUUAUGUUACUUUUUUUAAAAAGCGAUGGAAAAAACCUAUUAAACAAGAAGUUAUCAGAUAAACCUUUAAUCGUUAGAGAAAAGAUAGAACUAAAUCUAAUUCUUAUAAGAAUUUAAUCAUUUAUUAAGAUUGUGCCAAGGAAUUCGUAUUAACACAGUAAAGAGAUGAAGAGAUCAAUGAACUUUAUAAUUUGCUGAAGAGCAAUAAAUAAGCAACUCAAAAAGAUUUUGUUUCAAGUGAAACAACUAAUAGCAGCGAGUCAGACAUGACUGAAUAAUUAGAAGAAGAUUCUUCGUCUUUUGCUAAUUUUGUAAACUCCUAAAAGCUUACUGUUUCUUUGUAAAAUAACUUAAUGCAGAAUUAGCAAUAAUAGAAAAGCAAUCAGUUCAUUUCAACAGAGUAAAGAGGAAUUUAAGAGUAGCUAAAAAUGAAAUCAAAAAGAGAAAGCUUUGAAAUUAAAAAAGGUAACUCUUCUGAUAAUACUAAGAAUAUGAAUACGACCAAUGGUGUCUAAGGAGUUUAAUCGAGAUAGCUUUACGUAAUUGAAGAGGGGGAAGAAGACACUAUACAAUAAUCAAUGAAUAGAUCACUUGAUUCGUAUAAUAAAAUAAAGAAAAGUAUUCAAGAGAGUAUAUUCUAAAGAUAAAAUGAAGAAAAAUAAUUUGAAAAGAAUAGCUCGAAACAAAAUGAAAAUACUAGCAGCAACAGCAGCAUCUUUCCUCCUUCUUCAAACGAAAAAGUAACUUAGAGAAAUGUUGAUUAUCAAGAUUUAAAUAUUGCUCCUGCUCAAAUAUAUUCUAAUACAUCAAUUUUAAAUGAUAUUCCAGAUAAGAAUAAAGUUAAUUCUGCAUAAAUUAUUGAAGAUAAUAGCUAAAAUGUGAGCAAAACGUCUAUUAAUGUAUCUACUUCUCUUCAACAGGCUAGGUAAAACAAUAAUCAAUAAAAGAAAAGUACUGCACAAUCACCAUCAAAAAUAGAAAACUCGAAAAAAAGAAGUAGCUAAACUUCAAUAAAAGAUUUAAAUAAAUUUGAGAUGACCAGCAAACAUUUAACUGAAGAGCAAUGGGAUAUCGAAGACGAAAAUAAUAAUAUGAAACUAAGCGGAAAAAAAUAGGUUUAGGCGAACAAAGAAUAGACUUUUUAAGAUGAAAUGUUUAACAUUUACUAAAAAAAUGCUAAAAAAGCCUUGAGAUCGGAAAGACGUGUUUCUUCUCUAAUAAACAAAGAAUUGGAAUCUCCUUAUAAAUUUUCUACUGUCAGUAACCUUCUUUUCGAUGACUUUACUUCUCCUGUUUUGAUCUCUCCAACAAAAAGAAAGAAUAAAUACACAUAAUCUAUCAUAAUUUAAAACUUAGAGCACAUUGAGAACAACCCUGUUUUCUUGCAUAACUAAUCAAGCACAAGUUAAAGCUAAUUUGAUAGUGAAUGCAUUAUAUAGUAGACUCCUUCCAAUUAGUAAAUAAGUUUACAAGGAAACCUCAUCUCAACUUCUCCUCUUGUUCUCCAAAAAAGGAGCUCACAAAAAAUGUUAUCAAACUAAGUGAAAUUUUCUCAAAAUAUUCAAAGUCAUUAACCAGGUAAUACAACACCUCGUAACAGUUUACCUACAAAUAGUGCAUAUCCUUAACAAAUAGAUUAACAGUUUGAUAUACAAAUACCCUCUAAAAAUAGAGAUCAAAGAGCAAGAUAAAGCUUCUCUCAAGCAGUGCAAAAUGACUAAGCAAAAUAUCAGCCGCAAUCAACAUCUCCAAAAAAUUCAGAAAGUAAGAUGAAUCUAAUGAACAUGUCAAUGUCUGAGUACAAAUAAUAAACUUUGCAAAAUUUAAAUUAUGCAAGCAGUUAAGGGAAAAUGCAAACUCAUUUAAUGCUCUCCUCAGGUGAAUCACACUAAUACUCCUCAGAAUACUAAAUUAAAUUUUAAGAAGGCCUGCAAGAUUUGGACAUGUUGAUUGUAAGAAAGAAUCUAAGAAUAGCUUAUGAAAAAGGUUUUAUCAAAACUGAUCUUGUUAAAGUCUUAGAUAACGAAAUUGAUAUUGACAUAAUGAAAAACUAUAAUUUUUAUUAUCCCUAAAAGAAUGCUAGAGUUGUAGUUUUCAAAUUGCGCAGAUUUCAAUAAGUAGCUAAUUCUAAGAAAAGCAAAAUAGUUUCUAAAAUUAACAUUGAAAACAAAAAAAAGAUCAGGAAGAGCAAAUAAUCAGAAUAUAGCAGUCUGUCCGUGAAGAAUCUAAGUACAAAACCAAAUAGUGCGACCAUGAAUCAACUAUCAAGACCUUCUUUAAGAAUAUCUUGA